CCCCGCCGCGUCAUCCGGACCCGCCCGAGCGGAGCGGCGGGUAACGGGGCGGCCCGGGGAGCGCGGCCGGGCGGGGCGGCGGCGGUGCCGGUGCCGGUAACGGCCCCGCCCGGGGAGCGCGGCGGGCGCGGCGCAGCAGCGGCGCGGAGCGGCCGCGCCGGGGGAGCCCCCGCGCCGGGGGAGCGGCGCCCGCGGCGCUGCCGGCGCGGAGGAUGGACCAGUCGGUCGCCAUCCAGGAGAGCCUGGAGGAGGGGGCGACCUGCCGCACCGCGGUGCAGGGUGUCCUGGCGACGGGGGACAGCGUGGAGAGCCGGCUGCUGGGGCUGGUGGAGACCUGCGGGGAGCACGCGAUCUAUGUGUACACCCACCGGCGGAUGGCCAUAACAGCUGAGGAUGUCUGCCUGGAGAGGGUCAUCCCCAUCACAGAAGAUUUUGCAUUGGAAGAAGUUGUACUUGACGAUGACCUGCCUGUCAUCGGCGCUGACGUGACGGUCCGGCUGGGCUCGGAAGCCGAUCAGCUCACGGUGCGGCUGCCCUUCGGCUCGCAGACGCGCACGUUCCUGCGGGAGGUCGUCAGGUCCAUCCCAGAAGUGGUUGACUCAGAUGUCGAAGAGAAUGGGAAGGAGCUCUCAGAGAGCGAGAACCAAAGCCAGGACAGCACGGAUGAAAGUGCUGCCGGGCAAGAUGAACUCCAACCUGAGGUGACAACUCAAAUGGUACCGUGGUCCAGCAGCACGACUUUCGACGAGGCUUCGGUCUCAUCAGAACCGGACGCUGGAGUAAGCUUGAUUAGGUCUAAAUCUCAGCUUGAGGAACUGAAGAAUGCCUGCAUGGGCAUCCGGAACUUCAGGUUUUUCAUCGGCACAUUCAACGUGAACGGGCAGUCGCCCACGGAGAGCCUGCAGCCCUGGCUGAGCUGCGAUGCUGUUCCCCCGGACAUCUACUGCGUGGGUUUCCAGGAGCUUGAUCUAAGUAAAGAAGCCUUCCUCUUCGAUGACACACCGAAGGAAGAAGAAUGGUUUAAAGCUGUAACUGAUAGUCUGCAUCCAAAGGCCAAAUAUGCAAAGGUGAAACUUGUGCGGCUCGUGGGACUCAUGCUUCUGUUGUACGUGAAAGCAGAGCACGCGUUGAACAUCUCCGAGGUGGCAGCCGAGGCUGUGGGAACUGGAGUCAUGGGGAAGAUGGGUAACAAAGGUGGUGUUGCCAUACGGUUUAAAUUCCAUGACACCAGUGUGUGCAUUGUGAAUUCUCACCUGGCAGCUCACAUGGAGGAAUGCGAGCGGAGGAACCUGGACUUCAAAGAAAUCUGCUCUCGGAUACAAUUCUGCCAGUCGGAUUCAGAUUCAAACCCUUUCACUAUUGACAAUCACGAUGUCAUCUUAUGGAUGGGCGACCUCAACUAUCGCGUGGAGGAACUGGAUGUGGAGAAGGUGAAGCAGCUGGUGGAGGAGAAGGCGUUUCAGGAGCUUUGCCAGUAUGACCAGCUGAAGCGGCAGAUGGAUGAAAACGCAGUCUUUGAAGGCUUUAUGGAGGGAGAGAUUUCUUUCCAGCCAACAUACAAAUAUGACGCUGGCUGUGACGAGUGGGACACAAGCGAGAAAUGUCGUGUUCCCGCGUGGUGCGACCGGAUCCUCUGGAAAGGGCGGAACGUCAUGCAGCUGAGCUACCGCAGCCACAUGGCCCUGAAGCUCAGUGACCACAAGCCCGUGAGCUCCGUGCUCGAGAUCGGGGUGAAGGCUAUGGACAAGAAGCGCUAUCGAGCAGCCUUUGAGGAGCUCCGCUCCAUGGAUAAGCUGGAGAACGCCAACAUCCCCUGGGUGACCACGUCCCGCACAGAGUUCAGAUUUCCGGAUGUUAAAUACAUGGAGCUGCGGCUGGAGAAGUUCACAAUCCGCAAUGGCCAAGUGCCCUGCGAGUUUGAAUUCAUCAGCAAACCAAAUGAGAUAACCUACUGCAAGCCGUGGAUGACUGUUACUCCCUACAAGGGCGUUCUGAUGGCAGAUGCUGAGAUCACAGUUGAGUUGGAGGUGUUUGUUAAUAGAUCAACAGCUACAAACUUAAACACCGGAGCUGACAAAAUCGAAGAUAUCUUGGUCUUGCAUCUUGACAGGGGGAGGGAUUAUUUUCUAUGUGUAACAGGCAACUACUUGCCAAGUUGCUUUGGCUGUCCCCUUCAUACGCUGUGUUACAUGAGGGAGCCGAUCCAGGACAUGUCAACAGAAUCCAUUCGGGCACUUACCACGUUGCCAGUGGAUAAGUGUCAUGAUAAUGAAGCUGAAAAGCCGCUGGACAUUCCCAAGGAGCUGUGGAUGAUGGUGGAUCACCUGUGCCGCCAUGCUUCCCAGCAGGAGGACCUGUUUCAGCAACCAGGCGUCAGAUAUGAAUUUGGGCAAAUCCGAGAUUGUUUGGACAAAGGAAUGCACGAUACCCUCUUGGGCAGCAACCACUCGGUGGCAGAAGCGCUGCUGGUGUUCCUGGACAGCCUGCCCGAGCCCGUCGUCUGCACCAGUGUCUACGGCCACUGCCUGUCCGGUUCCAGCAGCUACGCGCUGAGCCAACAGGCUAUCUCUAGCAUGCCAGAGUGUCAUAAAAAGGUGUUUAAUUAUCUGAUGGAAUUCCUACAAGAGCUACUGAAAAAUUCAAGGAGAAACCGUUUGGAUGCGAAUAUUUUGGCCGGUAUAUUUAGUGGCGUGUUACUCCGGCCUCCUCCUGGAUGUGCCGUACCCGGUCUGACCGAGAAGAAGAAAGCUCAGAACUUUAUCCUCCACUUCCUCCUGCAAGAAGGCGCUUCACCGUGACGUUCGGAUGCAGCUCAUCUGAUUUUUAGAUACCGAAUUAGUGUAAAAAGUAUUUUUUGUACAGUACACUAGCUUUUUAUCGUUUGAUAUCGCAGUGUUUUAUAUAGUCUGCGGCUUCUGGAGGCAGAAUUUGAAUCAGCUGCCGCUGUUCAAGCUGUAAAUGUAUCAAAUGUAGACAAGUAAAAAUAUAAAGCUGA